UUAUGUACAUAAAACCUCACGAGUCAGUGAGUCACCAAAAGCUCUCGUUUUUUCUCUCUCUAUAAAAAACCAAAUUUGUUGUUUGUCCCUUUUCUUUGGGUUCCCUUUUUGCAUGGCGCUGUUACACCUUUCUUAGCUCACUCAAAGUGCUCUCUUUCUCUCUCUAUCUGGCCGUUUCCUCUUCUUCUUCUUCCUCCUUUAAACCCAACUGGGUUUAUUUUACUUUCCUUUUUGGAGGGUGGUAAGAAGUGAAGGUCGUUUUGGGAGGUGAUCAUGGGUUCAGGUCAGCACUGGGAUGCUGAAAAGAUGCUUGAUCUAUAUUUGCAUGAUUAUAUGGUGAAAAAGAAUAUGCACAAGACUGCUGCAGCUUUCAGGAAGGAGGCUAAUGUCUGCGGCACCCCUGUUGUCAUUAAUACUCCCGACGGAUUCUUACAUGAAUGGUGGUCUUUAUUUCACGACGUAUAUGCCGCCAGGGAAUUGAAGCAUCAAGAGGCGAAGGCAGAAGCAUCUCUAGUUAAGGCUAUGCAAACGAGAGAGAAUGAAGGACAAAAUAAACGUCCAAGUGUGACACACAUAGCAACAAACAAACAGAGGCCUCCACAAUUUGAUAAGGGUACUAGUUCAAGAAGGCAGUCUACUGGAGAUUUUUGUCCCAGUUUACAUCCAGUUGAUGUCAAUAAAUUGAAUGUCUCAAAGCCAGUUACAAUCAAUUCAAGUCAUGUGCUGCAACAAUUUCCCAAUCACCCUCAACAGCAGGUGGACGACAGCAGAAAUGUCAUUAGCGUGGGCAGGACCAUCAGCAUGGACCGUACGCUUUAUGGAUUGAGUAGUGCCAUACUCCCAGUAACUGGAGCUCAGGAUGCAGGCAUGGUUGUAGUCAAUCCUGGAACACGGCAUGUAAGGCCCUUAACAGUAUUAAACUCAGCUUUGCAGGCCCCAAACCAUCAGCAGCAGAUUCAGACAUUGACAGCAGAACAUCAGCAUCCGGUUUUGGGUCAGAUGAUUGGCCAAUGGAGACCAACUGCUGCGUACCAACACCAACAUGAUUGGCCUCAGCAGCAGCAGUUACUAGAGAAUGACAGAAAGAGGAGGACAGCACCAUUUUUGAGAGCUGGAGGCAUCCCUUUGGGUGAUAUUAAUACUAAUGAAGAAAUACCUGUGGAAGCAAAUGCUGAAUCUUUCUUGUCCUAUGGUGAUGACAAUGCUGAUGGUACAAACACUACUUUCAGAUUUAUAAAACGUAGAGCUACAGCUUGCAACACAAAUGAACAAAAAGGCUUCACAUUUGAAGAAGUUGGUUGUCUCCACUCAAGCAAAUCCAAGGUUCUAUGCUGCCAUUUUUCAUCGGAAGGGAACUUGUUAGCUAGUGCAGGGCAUGAAAAAAAGGUUCUGAUUUGGAACAUGGAAACCUUCGAUUUUGAUAAAACUUCAGAAGGGCAUUCUCUUCUCAUUACAGAUAUACGGUUUCAACCAAAUUCAACAAUUUUUGCAACAUCUUCAUUUGAUAAAACUGUGAAGAUAUGGGAUGCAGCAAGAUCGAGCAAAUCGUUAUCCAAGCUUUUAGGGCACACUGGACAAGUAAUGUCAUUGGAUUUCCACCCACGGAAGGUCAAUCUCCUUUGUUCAUGUGAUAAUAAUGAUGAAGUCCGACUGUGGGAUAUCAACCAAUGUACUUGCACAAGCAUCUUUAAGGGAGCAACUAAACAAGUCAGAUUCCAGCCUCAAUUUGGAAAAUUUUUGGCCACUUCAUCAGGAAAUGGUAUCAAUGUAUUUGAUGUUGAGACUGGGAGUCUCAAGUUUUCCUCGAAGGGAUCCGGACAUGUCAAAGAUGUUGUUUCACUUUGCUGGGAUACCAGUGGGAAGUAUCUUGCCUCUGUUAGUGAAGACAGUGCAAGAGUUUGGUCUACUGCGUCAAACGGAAAAUGGAUACAUGAACUGAAAUCAAAUGGCAAUAAAUUCCAAUCAUGUACAUUUCAUCCUGGAUAUCCACUACUCUUGAUCAUUGGUGGUUACCAGUCCCUGGAGUUGUGGAAUCCAAGUGAGAGCAGCAAAACAUUGACAGUUCCAGCGCACAAGGGGCUAGUUGUUGCACUGGCAGAAUCCCCAAAGACUGAAAUGGUUGCCUCAGUGAGCCAUGAUCAGUGUGUCAAGCUAUGGAAAUGAGAGACCUACCUGUCAACGCCACAGCGCCUGCAUGAGGAAAAUAUGGAGAAUAUGUAAAUUGGGAAUGGAAAACAAGCCAAAGAUACAACUUCUGUUAAUGACCUGCCUUAUUAUAGGAGAGAACAGGUCAAGUCAAUUAUACCUUAAUCUUUGUCAUAGGCACAGUUGCACUCUUGAAUUUACAAAAUUCAAACAUGGCCAGCAUUAAAAAAGGAGGCAUG